ACUACUCGUCCUAAAACCUAUAGGGCAAAAGUUUAGUAGUGGUUUUUCUUCGUUUAAUUAAACAGUAUUUGCCCAGACUAUCAUUUACACAUUACACGAAAAAGGAAAAGUUUAAAUCAGAAAUUAUGAAUGAAUCUGAAAAUCCCUCUUCAAAACCGAAAAAGUUCUUUGACAGAGACAUUCAGGAUAUAAAAUCUUUGAACUUUUGGCGAGCAGUUUUCGCCGAGUACGUUGGGACAUGGAUACUGUUCCAGUGGACAAUCGGGUCCGCCCUGCACUAUCCAGAUGAAGACGCGUCACCGCCGGAUAUACUUACGGCUGCUUUAUGUACCGGAUUUGUUGUUGCUGUUGUGAUAAAUGCACUUUUGAAUGUUAGUGGCGGGCACUUGAAUCCUGCGGUAUCAAUAGGAUUUCUCGUGCUAAGGAAAAUCACGUGCCUUCGUUUUGUUUUCUACGUUAUCGCGCAGUGCCUUGCGUGCCUCUCCGCCAUUGCUAUUUUAAACCAGAUGACUCCACAGGAUAUGGUCGGAUUGCCAGCGCUUAUCAGCCCAGCGGCGGGGGUCACAAAUGUACAAGCGUUUUUCUUUGAGUUCUGUAUCGCCUUUUUUCUUCUGUUCGCUAUAGCUGCAUUCAUUGACGGCAAACGGAAGGACGAUACGUCACCGGCGCCGUUCUACGUUGGUCUGAUAGUUGUGGGAAAUAUACUAUUUUCUGCGAGGACUUCGGGUGGUUGUAUGAACCCUGCUAGGAACUUUGGUCCUGCUGUAAUCACAGGAAUGACAGACACUCAAUGGGUCUAUUGGCUGGGGCCCCUUCUUGGAGGAGCGACGGGAGCUUUGCUAUACGAUAAAUUUCUGUCGGCGGAAGCUAUGUCCAGUUCACCUUGUGUAAUGUGUCAAAGACAGAAAUCAAGAGAACAGAAGACAACAGAAUCGAUAGCAGAAUCAACCAAUGAAAAAGAGCGCAUGCUGACAACAGAAACAUAACACAGCAUUUCCGGUUACUUUUUAUAUAAAAAACCCACUAUAUCAUGACUACUUAUGUAAGUCGCCGGUUCAUAGUAUGUGCUAUAUGAUUAUUCUAUAUUCAACUGUGCUAAUAGGUCAAACAUUUAAAAAACACAUGUAAUAAAAUAACUUAUUGAAUGACUUGCCGGGGUAUUGCCUGUAUUGCUUGGCUUGCCGGGGUAUUGCGCGUAUUGAAUGACUUGCCGGCGUAUUGCCUGUAUUGCAUGGCUUGCCGGGGUAUUGCCCGUAUUGAAUGACUUGCCGGGGUAUUGUCCGUAUUGAAUGACUUGCCGGGGUAUUGCCCGGGGUUUUGCCCGUAUUGAAUGACUUGCCGGGGUAUUGCCCGGGGUAUUGCCCGUAUUGAAUGACUUGCCGGGGUAUUGCCCGUAUUGAAUGGCUUGCCGGGUUAUUGCCCGUAUUGAAUGGCUUGCCGGGGUAUUGCCCGUAUUGAAUGACUUGCCGGGGUAUUGCCCGUAUUGAAUGACUUGCCGGGGUAUUGCCCGUAUUGCAUGACUUGCCGGGGUAUUGCCCGUAUUGAAUGACUUGCCGGGGUAUUGCCCGUAUUGCAUGGCUUGCCGGGGUAUUGCCCGUAUUAAAUGACUUGCCGGGGUAUUGCCUGUAUUGAAUGACUUGCCGGGGUAUUGCCCGUAUUGCAUGGCUUGCCGGGGUAUUGCCCGUAUUGAAUAACUUGCCGGGGUAUUGCCCGUAUUGAAUAGCUUGCCGGUCAAUACACAAAACAACUGACAAGUAAAUAAGUGUGUAAUAGUUAACAUUUAAUUAAGCGUAUUUUGAAAAUCUUGCUCAGUUCUAAAAACAACAUAAUGAAGACUUAUUUUAUAUAAAAACAAAACGACACGAAAAGGUGUAAAAUAUGAGUUUUGCGUCUCCAGUCUUCCUGGAAGUACGGUGGUGAUGUUAACCAUGAAUUACCUCUAAUAUGUUUGCACGUCUGUCAUUCGAUUAAAAGUAUAUAAGAAUGGACAAACUGGGCUGCUUUCACUUAUGUUUUUUUUUUUGAAAGUAAAAAUAAAUCUAUCAAGAAACUUGUGGAACUAUAAUAGAAGGGUGAUUGUUCCAGGAAAAAGAUGUGCACGGUGUACUUUCUUCAUCAGAUCCACCCAAAAUCUAAGCAUCAAUUUCGUCAAACGCUUAUAUCCGGAAGUUUAUUUCGUUAACAAUUUUCGAAAAUCAAGGUUAUUAAUAAAUCACGAUAUUUAUGUAAAUGUGGAAUUAUUUUUUUUUUAUCUUAUUUUGCAACCUUGGUAUUACAUUUCAAUGUUUUACAAAUUUGAAAUUUAUCGUGCGCUUGUCCUCAUAAUCAUUACAGCGGACAAUAUAGAAUGCAUAUAUAGUAAAUUUUCAUAUUUGUACCAUAAAUAAUACACCGGAUGUUUGGCACUAUAUUGGAUUACAUGGAAAAGCUUUGCAAAUGAUAAUUUUUGAAUAAUUAUGCAAAUUCAGUAAUAUAAUAGUACAUCAUUUAUAUUGGGUAAAGUGUAAGUUUUAAGUUAUUUCAGACUGACUCGCUAGGGCCCAAUAACACAUGAUAUGGAAGGGAGAUUAAUGUUACAUACAUUCGUUUUAAAAAGUUUUAGGAUUACCUCGCAUACAACGAAAACAAGUUGAUUCUCAUUAUACAAUUUUCAUACUCUUACGUUUUUGUUCAAAUCAAAUAAGAAAUACUAGGAUCUAGUGAAAAAUACAACGAAUAUACAAGGUUGUAUCAAGUGAAUUUUCAUUCUGGGAUUUGCUGUGUUUGGAAAUCGAAAAUAUAUUACGUGCCCCGACUGAUCUUCGGCUAUUUUGCAAAGAACUUCAGUUUUAAAUUUUAUUCAUUUUUACAGUUUUGCUAUAUGCAUUUGUUCGUUUAAUGUUUAUCUAGAGUAGUUCGGAUAACCAAAACUGAUAAACAUGUAUCGAGACUUAUAAUAUUUUUAUAUACUUUUGACAGUUGUACACUUUCCGUUUGAAUGUUUUGCAAUUACUUUAAAUGUUCAUUUUUGCAUCGUUUUUCAACGCAUGGACGACCUUUAGAAUUAUCUUAAAUACACAAUACUAGACUAGCCACUAGACUGAUAAUAAUAUAUUUCUACAUUUUUUCUUUUUUUUUUUUUUGACGAAUUUAAUUUCAUAGAGACAAAAGCCAGUCUAUUGUUAGAGAUUUUCACAGAGGAUGAUAUUGGACAUAGGAUAUAGACUAACUCAGUUCACUAUAUUCAAUCACAAAAAUGUAAAAAGAUAUAUCAUAGUCUAGGAGCUAGUCUAACACAAUAAUUAUUAAGGUAACAAAUGUUAUUUUGGAAUGGAAGUAUGAAGACCUCUACGAAACAGACAAUGUAUAAUAUGUAAUACAGAGCAAAAUACAUAUUUUCAAAAUCA